AUGCUUCACCAGCCUGCGGCUGCAGCCAUGGAUCAACUGCUGUAUUUCCACAAUGCUUCCUCUGGGAGGAUGUCCCAGCACCACUACGACCCAUGGGACACCAACACCUCCACUGUUACCACAUCCGACCUGUCUCCAGAUGAGACUGUCAAUCCGUGGGACAUUAUUCUCUGUGUAACAGGAACCAUCAUGGCAUGUGAAAACGCAAUUGUGAUAGCUAUACUCUUCUAUACACCCACACUUCGUGCCCCCAUGUUUAUACUCAUCGGCAGCCUGGCACUGGCAGAUCUAUUUGCUGGUGUGGGACUUAUUGUGAAUUUUGUAGUCCUAUAUGUGUUUAAUAGUGAAGUGGCCACACUGAGCUCUGCAGGGCUGCUAUUAGCUGCUUUCUCAGCCUCUGUCUGCAGCCUUCUAGCUAUCACAGUGGACAGAUACCUGUCUCUAUACAAUGCCCUUACCUACCACACAGAGAGAACACUGACUUUCACCUACAUAAUGCUAAUUCUGCUGUGGGCCCUGUGUAUCUGCAUUGGUUUAUUACCCAUCAUGGGCUGGAACUGUGUUAGAGAACAGUCCUCCUGCAGUGUCCUGAGACCGGUGACCAAAAACAAUGCAGCUGUAUUGGCAGUGACCUUCCUCCUUCUCUUCGCCCUGAUGAUGCAACUCUACCUGCAAAUAUGCAGGAUCGCUUUCCGCCAUGCCCAGCAGAUUGCAGUGCAGCACCAGUUUAUGGCCACAUCUCAGGCCUCCAGCACCAGGAAGGGAGUUUCAACCUUGUCUCUCAUUUUGGGUACUUUUGCACUUUGCUGGAUUCCCUUUGCGGUGUAUUCAUUGGUCGCUGACUCAAGUUACCCUAUGAUAUACACGUACUCACUGGUUCUGCCAGCCACUUUCAAUUCAGUCAUCAACCCCAUUAUUUAUGCUUUCAGAAACCCAGACAUACAGAAAUCUCUAUGGCUUGCCUGCUGUGGUUGUAUCCCACCCAGGUUCCUAUCUGGUCCUAGAACUUCCAGUGAUGUAUAG